AUGGAUAUGAAUGUGGAACAAUGUGGUGAUCAUCUCAUAAUUGAAGAAGAAGGGGUGGCUGAAGUUACAAAAGAUGGAAAAUUGUUAUGGGAUGACUCACUCACUGAAAAAUUCUGUGAUAUUAUGGAGGAACAAGUUAAGGUUGGUAAUCGUACUGACACAACAUUUAAACCAAAUGGUUGGACUACAAUGGUAAAACAAAUGAAGAUUCAAACAGGGAGAAAAUUUGACAAAACCCAACUUCGGAAUAAGUUUAACAGUUUGAGGAAAAUUUAUGUCAAAUUUAAGAAAUUGUUAUCGAAGACUAGCGUGGGAUAUAACCAUGAGACGGGCAUAGUUAUAGUUGAGGAAGAGAGAUGGGAGGUUAUUACGGGUGCAAAUAAGUUUCGCAGACAUGGAUAUAAGGAUUUUGACAAGAUGUCGACUAUAUUUGGAGACACAUAUGCAACAGGGAUGCAUGCCCACCCUUCCACUACAGCACCCCCCGCAAUCAUUUUGUCCACUCCCAAUGAUGACGAUGAUGAGGAAGAGGGUUGUAACGUCAGUCCCCCACCUUUACGUAAAGGUAAGAAUUCCAAAAGAGAUAGUUUAUCUCCCAGUAUGGCUGCGCUCUUGUCAAAUAUGGAUGAGAAUUCUGCAAAGAGAACUGAGAGAAUGGAAGCUGCAAUAGAGAAAGUAAUUAAAGCUUCUUCUACUUCUACUCGUGUAUCUUCAUGUGAGAAAGGAGAUGAUGAAGUUCUCUCUCCCUCUAAAAAGGAUAGAAAUGAUGAAAUGUUUGAUGCCUGCAUGCUUCUUUUACAAAAAAUACUUGGAAUUGAGAUGGCCCAAUUCGCUAAGGUAUUGAAGCUUUUACAUGAUUAUGAGAAGUGGCAGAAAUUUUUUCUUUCAGCACCUGAGGAGCUGAGAAAUGGUUGGGCACUGAAUGUUUGA